AUGCCCAGCAGUCGCAGUCCCCUCAACCUGGCUCAAUAUAUCGACCUCGCCCUACAGAUCACUGGUUCCACGUUCACUGUGGGGGAGGCGGAUGCCGAGCCAGAGUUCCAUGUCAUGGCCGCCGCCGAGCCAGAUUUUCACGUUAUGGCCGCCACCGAGCCAGAGUUUCACAUCAUGGCUGCCAAGCCAGCAUCCCAUGACAUUACCAAUGAGCCCAUGCCUCCCAUGGCCAACGAGUCAACGACCAUGUCUGCCACGGCCAACGAGUCAACAUUACCAGCCUCGUCUGUCCCCGUGCCUGCACUACCAACUUCAUCCUCAUGGAGGAGGAGGAGGAGGAGAAGGGAUUUCGUCUCUGAGUCUCAGUCCAUGCCUGUGACCACAGAGGUCACUCCCGAGACUCUACCCAUGACCACGCCCACAGAGGUUGCUCCCGAUACUCUACCCAUGCCCACGACCACAGGGACCAUCCCAGAGUCUCUGCCCAUGUACACGACCACGGAGGUCGUUUCCCAGAUAUCCACAGAUCCACCUUCCACGACCUUGCCCCAUGACAGCCACGCCAGAGUCAGCCAGCUCCAGGCCACGUCGCAGCCACGCCAGAGUCAGCCGGCUCCAGGCCACGUCGCAGCCACGCCAGAGUCAGCCGGCUCCAGGCCACGUCGCAGCCACGCCAGAGUCAGCCGGCUCCAGGCCACGUCGCAGCCACGCCAGAGUCAGCCGGCUCCAGGCCACGCCGCAGCCACGCCAGAGUCAGCCGGCUCCAGGCCACGUCGCAGCCACGCCAGAGUCAGCCGGCUCCAGGCCACGUCGCAGCCACGCCAGAGUCAGCCGGCUCCAGGCCACGUCGCAGCCACGCCAGAGUCAGCCGGCUCCAGGCCAUGUCGCAGCCACGCCAGAGUCAGCCGGCUCCAGGCCACGUCGCAGCGUACGCCAGAGUCAGCCGGCUCCAGGCCACGUCGCAGCCACGCCAGAGUCAGCUGGCUCCAGGCCACGUCACAGCCACGCCAGAGUCAGCCGGCUCCAGGCCAUGUCGCAGCCACGCCAGAGUCAGCCGGCUCCAGGCCAUGUCGCAGCCACGCCAGAGUCAGCCUGCUCCAGGCCACGUCACAGCCACCCCUCAGCCUGCUCCAUGCCACGUCACAGCCACAGAUCAUGUUGAGGGAAUGA